GGGAGCUUGCUGGGGAUAUUUUUUUUGUAGGCGGAACUCUCUCGGCUGUUCCUUACACCUUGAGGGAAAGUGGCUGGAGUACUGCUGUGUGUGUGCGUGUGUUUGUGUGUGCGUCUGCAAGAUGCACACACACAGUCUAACUGGAGAGUGAAAUGAACUGCAUACGCAACUUGGGAUUGCAAAGUGUUUGGUAGAAAGCUGAACCUGAAUCUACAAGCAGUUUCUUCGCCUGGAAAAAAAAGGAAAAAAAAAUCAAGGGAUUUUUCAGCGUUGCUGUAAACAUUUACAGUACCAAGUUUAUUUUCCAAAUAUUCCUGGAGUGAGCUACUGCAAGGAAAGGAGAAACAGAGAGCAGUGUUUGUGUGUGUGUUCGCCCGUGGUCUCUCUCUCUCUCUCUCUCUCUCUCUCUCCCACAACUCGACUCGCCUCUGCCGGGAGAGGAGAGCAGCAGUUGGGGAUGAUUCGGUCCCGGUCACCCGGCCUGACGGCUCUCCGCCUACUUCUCUGUACCCUCGGCCUCUGUCACGCAGGUAAGUGCAACAUGCUUUAUCUUCCUAGAGCUUGCUAUGUGCUGUGGUAAUGAGAUAGCAAGGGAUUAGCUGGAGGAUUGCAAGCCGCAUACUGAGCUGAAUUCCCCUGGGAUUGUGGAGCAGACGAGUAUCUGGACAACUACUUGGGACUGACUAUGGUGAUGUGCUUCCUGAUUCCUUUCCGUCAUCAGCCGCUGAGCCUCUGCCAAGAUUUCUGGUGGAGCCCGAUGAUGCCUAUAUUGUGAAAAACAAGCCGGUGAUGAUGACAUGCAUGGCCACCCCAGCAACGCAGAUCUACUUCAAAUGCAAUGGUGACUGGGUGCAUCAGAAGGAUCACAUGACUGAAGAGAACAUGGAUGAGGUCACAGGCUUGGUGGUUCGAGAGGUUCACAUUGAGGUGUCCCGUCAGCAAGUGGAAGAACUAUUUGGUCUGGAAGACUUCUGGUGCCAGUGUGUUGCCUGGAGUGCCUCAGGCACAACCAAGAGCAGAAGAGCCUAUGUUCGCAUUGCUUAUCUGAGGAAGAACUUUGAGCAAGAGCCACUGGGAACAGAUGUGGCCCUGGAAAAUGAGGUCCUUCUUCAAUGUCGCCCACCAGAAGGGGUUCCACUGGCAGAGGUGGAAUGGCUGAAGAAUGAUGAUGUCAUCAGUCCGAUUGAAGACACCAACUUCCUCAUCACCGUUGACCACAACCUGAUCAUCAAACAAGCUCGCCUCUCCGACACGGCAAACUACACAUGCGUAGCCAAAAAUAUUGUUGCCAAGCGCCGCAGUACCACAGCCACCGUCGUUGUGUACGUGAAUGGAGGCUGGUCCACUUGGACAGAGUGGUCUUCGUGUAACAAUCGCUGCGGGCGAGGCUGGCAGAAACGGACAAGGUCGUGCACCAACCCGACACCACUCAACGGUGGUGCCUUCUGCGAGGGGCAAACCUUUCAAAAGAUCGCAUGCACCACCAUGUGCCCAGUCGACGGGGGCUGGACGAGCUGGAGCAAAUGGUCGGCCUGCAGUACCGAAUGUACCCACUGGAGGAGCCGCGAGUGCACUGACCCAUCACCCAAAAACGGGGGGAAGGACUGCAUCGGCCUAGUACUGGAGUCCAAAAACUGCACAGAUGGGCUCUGCGUGCAAAAUAAAAAGCUAUUAAGUGAACCAAUAAACCCUACCGCGGAUUCCACUGCUGAUGUGGCCUUGUACGCGGGUCUGGUUGUUGCCGUGUUCAUCUUCGUGGUUAUAAUGCUGGUGCUCGGCAUCAUCGUGUACAAGAGGAGCUGCCGUGACUUUGACACGGACAUCACCGACUCCUCCGCUGCGUUGACCGGAGGCUUCCAGCCCGUCAACUUCAAAAAGGCCAGGCAGGACAACUCCCAGUUGCUGAGCUCAUCGAUCCAGCCAGACCUGACGGCCAACGCCGGCUCGUACCGAGGCCCUAUGUAUACGCUGCAGGAUACAGCCGACAAGAUACCGAUGACCAACUCCCCACUCUUGGAUGCCUUGCCCAGCCUGAAGAUCAAGGUGUACAAUUCUUCGAUGCCCUCCUCCAUGCUGGUGGGUGGAGUGGAGUCCUCCGGAACCGGAGCGCCAGGGACUUACCCAGGGGGCAACAGCAGAGACAACAACGUCGUUAUGAACCUGAGGAACAAGGCACUGAGCUCACAACAUCUGGGCACCUUGCCCAGGGAUCCGGGAUACUGUGCCAGUGGGACCUUCGGCUGUUUGGGUGGACGACUAACAGUGCCCAAUUCAGGGGUCAGUCUUUUGGUACCUCAGGGAGCGAUUCCACAGGGCAAGUUCUACGAAAUGUACUUGAUCAUCAACAAAAGAGAAAAUACACUACCCCCAUCCGAAGGCUCGCAGACAGUCCUGAGUCCUAUGGUGACUUGUGGUCCAACUGGGAUGCUAUUGUGCCGUCCUGUUGUUCUCAGCAUUACCCACUGCGCAGACGUCUCCGGACCAGACUGGACCAUUAAACUCAAGACGCAAACUCAUCAAGCUGUCUGGGAGGAAGUGGUGACGCUGGAGGAAGAGAACUUAAAUACACCCUGCUACUGCCAGCUGGACUCGCAGUAUUGCCACAUCCUGCUGGACCAACUGGGAACGUACGCACUUGUUGGGGAAUCGAACUCCAGGUCGGCCAUUAAGAGGCUGCAGCUGGCCAUAUUCGCACCGAUCUCAUGUACAUCUCUGGAGUACAGCCUUAAAGUAUACUGUGUGGAGGAUACCCCUGAUGCCCUGAAGGAGGUGCUGGAGCUGGAGAGGACUCUGGGUAGUUACCUACUGGAAGAACCCAAAAGCCUGCUGUUCAAAGACAGUUACCACAACCUGCGGCUUUCCAUCCACGACAUUCCCCACUCUCUCUGGAGAAGCAAGCUGCUUGCCAAGUAUCAGGAGAUUCCAUUUUACCACAUCUGGAGUGGAACUCAGAGAGCACUGCACUGCACCUUCUCACUGGAGAGGUACAGUAUGGCAUCGACUGAAUUCUCCUGCAAAAUUUGUGUCCGACAAGUGGAGGGAGAGGGACAGAUAUUCCAAGUGCAUACAGUCAUCGAGGAGAACGCCAAAUGUGUCAGCCCCCUCCACAUGCAGGUUGGUGUCAGUGUGACCACCCAGGUAGGCCCUUAUGCCUUUAAGAUUCCGUACUCCAUCAGGCAGAAGAUCUGCACUAACUUGGAUGCACCAAAUACCCGGGGCAAUGACUGGAGGCUGCUGGCUCAGAAGCUGGGAGUUGACAGGUUUCUCACCUACUUUGCUACAAAAGUUAGCCCAACUGGAGUCAUCUUAGAUCUGUGGGAAGCCCAACAUCAGGACGACGGAGACAUCAAUUCCCUCGCCAGUGUCCUGGAGGAGAUGGGCAAGAGCGACAUGAUGGUAGUCAUGACAUCAGAAGAAUGCUGAAACACAAAAAUUCUUGGCAACCGUGUGAUGAAACCCUUGCAUCUAUGGCAACUUGUUGUAGAAAUCAGUUUGCUGCUCACCUGAGCACCUGGCAAAUUAGGAAAGUAGUGAUUUACAGAAGAGAGCAGUGCUUGUCAUGUUCAAUCUAGAUGAAGCCUCUCUCCUAUCCAAAGCUUUGGGCAGCUUGUAAAAGGUUAACAGUUUCUUAGGAAACGCAUUUAAUUUAUUAUCCAUAUCUUUGGAUGCUUUUUUGUUUGCUCCUAUAUUGAAACUUUGUAAGAACCCACAGAGUUGUUUACAUAUAUGGCAGAUGUAGACAUCACUCAAAUCUGAAUGCAUAUGUUGUACAAGAGAGAUCCAGCUGAACAAUCAUAGGUGUUUAGGAAGAGGAGAAUGAUUCAUAGAUGCAGGCAGGCAGUGGUGUCACGGGACCAUUCACUUGCAAUUUAUUACCCUGUGGCAAAGGAAAAUUCAUUUCUUCAAGUUCGGAAGCAAACUUUGCCCAAAUCACUGUGGGUUUCUCCCAGCCACUUUGGCAGAACACAAAUCCACAAAUCAAAGCUAAGGCAAAUUCAAAGUCAGUCUCUCUCUCUCUCUGUCUCUCUCUCUUUUACCCUCUCCCUCUCUCCCCCUCUCCCUCUCUCUCCCUUUUCCUCUCUCUCCCUUUUCCUCUCUCUCUCUCUCUCUCUCUCUCUCUCUCACAUUGUCAGUGACAAAA